AAUUAACGGGUCCCGGUGGGGAUAAAAGAGUCUUCCAGUUUGAAUUUGCGCCUAGGCUUCAUUUUCUAUACAAUGGAGGACAUUAAACAACAUUAUAAUGAUUGGUUAUUAAAGAUGGAGGGCAUCGUUUGUUGACCCGUUUAAUCUUAAAGAAUAUAAUCUCUUAAAGAUUUGAGAUUUAGUUCAUUAUAUCUCCACCCAAAGAUGCAGCUUACUUUGACUAGUCCCACAAAGUAUUGAGUUUGUAACGUCAUUAUUUUAAUUCAAGUCACUCAGGUAGCGAUUGCGUCCAUCACUACUCAGCACAGUGUCUGAUUUGUAAAACACUUCGCGUUUUUCUGACUGCUGGUGCCGCCCCCCUCUGGCCCAUGUGACCCACAUCAAAAUACUCCACCUGUUACAAGUUGGGUUCCAAUAUUUUUGCACCACUGGUGAUUUUGAUAAAAACAAUUAUUUAUUAACUGGAGGGUUUUUUUUUUCCCCUCCACUGAAAAAUUUACCAGAUUAUAUUCAUAUGAAUUUAGUUUAAGGUUUUUUUUAUUCACCUUAUUCACGUUGAAUGCCAAUAAUGUGACCCCCUUGUUCUGUAGGUUCUCAGGGUUGGUUUAUAAAGAAUCCCUUGAAACAUUGUGACAUCGUGUGAUUUCUUGAGAAGUGAUUGACUGUGUUCUGUCAGCCCUUAUACUGUUUAUUCAGAGCCGUAAAUAAGCAGAUUUAAUGAGCUGCUCGUUGCAUCUCUCUUGGAUUCUCGUCUCCUCCUGCGCUUGCGUUCCUCUGUUUUAGCAGAAGGAAAAGUGGGCGUGUUGUUGCCUUUGAGGCAGCAGCAGAGGCAGUCGGAGGUGACUGAAAAGGAUAUAUUUGACAAACCGUGGCUUUGCGUAAGGGUUUGUUUGGGGUGAGUAAAGAAAACCAACUCCUUUUUUAAAAAAAACUACAAAGUAUCCUUUGAGUGCAAAUAGCGUUUGAAAAACCAUUUUUAAAAAUCAUCGAUAGACUAAAACGGAGGGUGGGGGAGGGACUGCUUCUCCUCCUCGCUCCAUCUCACGUUACCGAGCUAUAGUGGAGUGGCGAGGUCAGCACAGCUGCGACACGUGAACCUGACUCCAAAUAUAAAUGUGAUCAAACGCCGCUCAGAGGGUCCUCACGCCCCUGCGUCGAAAGUUUAUCCCCCCCCCCCAGAAUCCCCUUUACGCACAAGGCCACGACCACGAGAACGCAGCUACGCGUAUAGCCGAGUGAACUCAGGAUGAGACUGGGUGGCGUGGCCCAGCUAUGUCCAGUCAGUCGGACGGUGCUGUGAGUGGCGGCGGCAGCUGUGGAACGUGGAGAAGGAAUCCUCUCAUGGGACUUCCCGGUCCUGAAGCGCCUGAUCCGGAGGCGACGUGAGGAGCGCGCGAGCCUCCAGAACACGGAGCGACUCCAGGACUCUCCUCACUGCGCCCGACAGCGGACACCAGCGGGUUCCGACUGGGAAGGAAGGGGGGCGAACCCGUCUCUGAGCCGAGCGCACAGAGGACCCCGAGCCUGAAGGUUGUGGGUACAUAGCAUGGGAGUGCAAUGUUGUCCAGGAAGGGACUCAUUCCUGAGGAUUACUUGCUGACACGAUUAGCUGAGGAUGUUCUGCAGCCGAAGUUCAAGGCCAAACAAGGGAAGGCUCGGUUUGUGGGGAAGAACGGCACCUGCAACGUUGCGCACACCAACAUCCGAGAACAGGGUCGGUUCUUACAGGACGUGUUCACCACACUAGUGGAUUUGAAAUGGCUCCACACUCUCAUCAUUUUCACCAUGUCCUUCCUGUGCAGCUGGCUCCUGUUCGGGAUGAUCUGGUGGCUUGUGGCUUUUGCGCACGGGGACCUGGGUGAAAAGGGGGAUGAUUUUGUCCCGUGCGUAACCGACAUCCACUCCUUCUCCUCCGCCUUCCUCUUCUCCAUAGAAGUCCAGGUGACCAUCGGCUUCGGGGGUCGGAUGAUCACGGAGGAGUGCAUCUCGGCCAUCAUCAUCCUCAUAGUGCAGAACAUCGUGGGACUGGUCAUCAACGCCAUCAUGCUGGGCUGCAUCUUCAUGAAAACUGCGCAGGCUCAUCGGCGCGCGGAGACGCUCAUCUUCAGCAAGCACGCAGUCAUCUCCCUCCGAAACAGCAAGCUGUGUUUUAUGAUCCGCAUAGGAGACCUGAGGAAAAGCAUGAUCAUCAGCGCCACCGUGCGGAUGCAGGUGGUGAGGAGGAGCACCACGGAGGAGGGAGAGGUGGUGCCCCUUGACCAGAUCGACAUCCACAUGGAUAAUCCGGUGGGGACCAACGGGGUCUUCCUGGUGUCCCCCCUCAUCAUCUGCCAUGUCAUCGACAAGUCCAGCCCCUUGUACGAGCUUUCACCGAACGACCUGCAGCACCAGGACCUGGAGGUGAUCGUGGUGCUGGAGGGGGUGGUGGAGACCACCGGCAUCACCACGCAGGCCAGGACUUCCUACGUGUCGGAGGAGAUCCUGUGGGGCCAGCGCUUCGUGCCGACGGUGUCCGAAGACGACGGCAUGUACGCAGUGGACUACUCCAAGUUUGGCAACACCGUCAAGGUACCGACGCCGUGCUGCAGCGCCAAGAAGCUGGAUGAGGCCGGUGGCAUCGCACGGUUUAAGCUGAACGAGGGCGUCACCAUGCGGCCGUCCGUGAGAAGGCGGAGGGGGACCGCGAUAGUGCGCAGGUCCAGAAUGGAGAACAAGUGAGGCGUUCUGCUUGAAACUGAGCCGCUUCACUUUCAGUAUCAUUUAAAAACAACCGGAAUCUUAUUUAUUUUACAUUUGCGCGCACAUUGUAUGCACACAUAAACCUGUGUUUACCUCAGGAUCAGAGACAAAGCACUGAAAUAACUCUGACUGUUGGAAUAGUUCAGAAUUUCAAAAUUGGGGUUCUGUGAAAAGGUUACACGUAGUUAAUAACCUAUCUAUCUUUAAUAAGCGAUUCUCUUUCUCUCCAUAUUUAUUAUGAAUCCAGAGUGAUUAUCUGAGAGGAAACAGUAAACUCUACCGCCCAAAAGCAGCUCUAGUCUCAACGCUGUUCUUAAUGUGGCUUUAAUUUUUUUUUUUUUUUUUUUUUUUUACCAAAGCCCUACACAAAAAUAUCUUAUAUGUGCUGCAUCAGUGUCAUAACUUCAAGUAUAAUCUGAAGGAUGAAUUAUUUAAUGAUUGAUUUUUAUGACAAAGAAAAUAAAGCAAACAGAUUUCUGUGAAUUUGAAAGCAUUGGGAUUUACUAAGGAUGAACACUAAAAUUGAUUUAAAGAAAGGAGUUAAAACUACAAAGUCUGAAUACCAAAGUACCCAACAUUUAUCUGAGAGGAGAAAGAUGGGAAGGAUUUCAAAGACUCAGAAAGACAUUUGUUCCUUCAGCUUUCAACACCAGAGCUGCCAAGGACAGAAAUAGAAACUAGAAACAGUGCCUUACUUUUGUCAGAUGUUUUUUUCCCUCUCGGUUGAGGAGCAGAGGGAUUUCUCCUACAUGUCUUUCUGACCAGGUAAACAGUUCUGGACUUCUCAAUACUCUCACUCUGGAUUUGGGACCAGGUUGGAUGUGGAUGAAGAAGUGCUUAAAGAAAGUUAAUAAGUAGGCAAAGUUACAAAACCUCACUGAGAGGAAAAACACGACAAAGAACUUUCAACAAAAUGAAAUCAACAACAUAUUGUAACCCAAGUUGACCUGGUUGAAUAAAGGCUUUGACUUUUUGUCGCUUACCUGUUUUAAGAUUAAAUACAAAGACGUGAGAAAAAUCUCAAAAUGUGGAUAAGAAGUUUAAAAUUGUAUUUCAAGAAUAAUGUUGAAAUAAAUCUCUAGUUUGCGGUCAGACAUAGAAGAGGAGGUAUGAAUUAGACCUAAAUUUGCCCUAAUUCCAGGAUCAGUGUAUUUCCUGGAGAGGAGACAUCAAUAGAUAGAUUAGCCCAUUAGAGGCAGAGUUGGAGUGAGUUUACAUAUAAAAAAAUAAAAAUAAAAAUAAAUGGAAAUAUGUAUAUUUUACCAAAAUGACUACAAUCUAUAACUACAAUUAUAAUACAUCUUUGAAGUUUCAAACAUCAGUAAUCAAUCUAUUGAAGAGUUAUUCUAAUAGGUAAUAUGCUUGAUUAAAAUUAUAUUAUCAAACUUAGAGAAUAGUUUGGGUACUUUGGUACAAAAUAGAAGUAGGGAGGGAUGAAAUACUGUAUGUAGGUACAGAACAGGAGUAUAAAUUGGCAAAUUAAGGAAAUAACUCUAGAGUUCAAAAUGUUUUCUAUUCCUGGUAAGAAAUAAAUUUUUUUUAACCUUUUAACAAAACCCCACUUCAAAACUUCUGAGAUGUUUAAAUGUGAGCCCUGGCAUCCAGAGUGCAAUGUUUGUUUUUUAAAUCUGAAUGAUUGCAUGUAUUUUAAAUUAUUAGAAAGGGAGAUGCUUAACUUAAAGAUAAAAAGAAUGUUGUAUAUGGCCUUGCUGAAAAUGACAUUAAAGUAAAGCUGUUUUCAUGUA